GGUCCCGUUUUUCCGAGUGCUGCGGUCACAUUGAACCCCGGCGUGUGGAUUGCGCCAAUACACAAACCCACGACUCAGACUUGACGAUAAACACCGUCGUGUUCGAGUGAGGGGGCAGACCGGCCACUUCAAAGCGCCUGUCACAACCCCCCCACCGGGCUCAGCUCAGCUGCCCCGUCCUUUAUCAUAAUUAAACUCUGCCGCGCGUUUGUUUGUGUAACGAAAGGCCAGUCUGACAAGCGCGGCGAUAAGAGGCUUGCCGACGGCUUUAAAGGAUGGACCCCCAGACCCCACCAGCCCCAGAAAAGUGGGCAGCGUUCUAGCGACCUCGACUCGUUCGGCUCUGAUGAUAAUGAUGAAGGUGUCCUGGACGCUCCGGGUGUUGGUCGCCUGCGCAGUGGCGAACCUCGUGGCCCCCGAUGGCUGGUCCAUCUACAACUUACACAGAAGGAGAGCGCCGGGCCGGGAGGAAGAACGAAGAUCCUCAAAUGAAGCCGCGGACUUCGUGUCUACGAGCAGUGGCCGCUACGCCACCGAGCCGCCCGCCUACUUCCCCGAAGACGCGUGGGUGAACGAGACGGAAAACGCGGACGGGAGGGCACCUUACCGGCGAAUCCAGGUGUCUGCGGCACAGCCGGGGGCUCCCGCGGGCGGCGGCGCGGACUCCAUGAACGCGGCUGUCAUCGCCAGUCUCUUUGGGGGGCAGAGCCCCACACCCGCGGCGCAGGCCAGGAGACCACACGGCCAGGCGCCGCAUUUGAAAAACGCCAAAAAGUUCUGGAACCACUUCAUGUUCAGGAGAAGAUCCGACUCGCAGGAGACCGUCCUGCCCAUCAAAACCAACGAGCUGCAGCAGGAGACGUGCAGGGCGCUGCCCUUCGCGCAGAGUAUCGUACAUGAGAACUGUGAGAAGGUGGUGCUGAAGAACAAGCUUUGUUUUGGAAGGUGCAGCUCAUUCCACGUCCCCAGUAAUGAAGAUCGCCUGUACACCUUCUGUUCAUACUGCUUCCCAACCAAAUACACGAUGAAGAAUGUGGAGUUGAACUGCACGGGAUCGGAGAGCAUCUCCAAGCUUGUCAUGAUGGUCGAGGAGUGCCAGUGUGAAGCGCAGAAGGGCAGGCAGCCUCAGUCUGGACCCUUCAUCCUGGACCCGAGCUCAGGGGUAUUCGGUGGCCGCACUUGAGUGGCGCCAUUCUAGAGGUUGACAGCAAGCCCAGAUUUGAGCUCAUGACUGGAUUAAAUAAAAGUGGCACAGGGUGUCACACGUGUUUACAUUUUUGUCCAGACAUGCAUGUGAGAAGUGGAACUUUUAAAGUUACGGCUGUUCAAAUGAGCCCAGCUCAAAAAUGGAAUGAGACUUGGCCGUCUCCGCUAACGGACUAAAGUACAGGGUGUAUGAUGGGUCCAUUUUGGUGUACAUAUGAACCUGAAAUAAAAUGUUCAUUAUGAAA